GAGAAAAUGAGUGUAAAAGAAGUGUUGAUAUUAUAUGCAUUAAUAGGGUUUGUAUGGUGUGAUAAUAAGCCAUUUAUUGAAAAAGAUUGUAAUCAAAUGUUAUUGAAUUUGCAACAAAUUGCCAAUAAUGAUUUCGACAAAUCGUCGGAUGAAUAUUGGCUUCUUAUGGCGCUAUACAUUGAUUGCAAUCAAAUGUUAGACGACUAUCAAUCACAACUCAAAUUUGGCACCAAUUCUGUCAAUUCUGUGUCCAAACCCAAUGAAUGGGUCGACCACAUGGAUGACCACAUGGAUGACCAGGUGUUUCGACACAAAAAGAACCGAAAGAAUCGCUUCACCGGUGUUUUGACGAAAUGA